AUGAUGAAGUUUGUGUUUUUCGCUGUUGUGCUGGCGUGCUGUGCCUACGUGUGCACGGCACAGCAAGGACGUGGUGUGUACUGCGGUCGUCGCCUCUCAGAGAUGCUGGCGACGUUGUGCUGGGGCCCCGAGCUCAACAAGCGAAGCUGGUGGGUGCCGCCGGCGGGCGCGCUGGCUGGCAUGCGCGGCAAGCGCGGCCCCGUCGACGAAUGCUGUGAGAAGUCCUGCACUAUUGAUGAACUAAUGAUGUACUGUUAA